AUGAGUCCCAGCAUCACUGCCGAGGCCACCCAGCCUCUCCCUGCCAGGUCCACCGUGGCCCAGAGAAAACAGGCCAACGAACUGAGAAAGACUCUUAAACCCUUACUGGAGAAGAGAAGGCGUGCUCGCAUCAACGACAGCCUCAGUCACAUGAAAAGCCUGAUUCUUCCUCUGGUUGGCAAAGAUAACGCUCGCUACUCCAAGCUGGAGAAAGCUGAUAUUCUGGAAAUGACCGUCCGUUUCCUCAGAGACCUUCCCUCUACUCCUGUCAAAGACUCCGCAGAGAGUUACAGAGAAGGCUACAAAGCCUGCCUCCAGCGCAUCUCCGCUCUGCUACCCACAACGAGCUUGGAUCAGGACACGUGCCAGCGGGUGAACGAGUUCGUCCAGCAGUCAACUUCUGCGAACGUAACCCCAACAUGCCUGAACUGCUGUGCUCAGAGCUCCAGGACCUUCCCUCAGAUCCAGCAGAGACUCCUGAGCCUCAAAUCCAGCUUCAGCACCAGACUGGAGAGCCAGUCCCGCAGCAGCAGCGCAGUGGCUCCCAGCCGCGCGCAGCCAGUCCCGCAGGCUGUCAGCGCGGCCAUGUGGAGACCCUGGUAGAUUAGUUGGA